CUGAUCUCUCGUAAUCCACCGUUUUUCUUACGGCGAUUCGCAAAGGGGGAGCGAUGAUGGGUGCGUGACUCGAAGCUUGGCCACCGCUUCUGUGCUUUACAGCAAACUUCCUUUCUCCGAGACCCAUUUUCGGAGCGGAAACUUAUCCUGGGAACGUCAAAAUGGCCAACCUUCGCACCCAGAAGCGCCUCGCCGCUGCCGUCCUUAAGUGCGGUCAGCGUAAGAUCUGGCUUGACCCUAACGAGGUCAACGAAAUCUCCAACGCCAACUCCCGCCAAAACAUCCGCAAGUUGGCCAAGGAUGGUUUGAUCAUCAGGAAGCCCGUUGCCGCUCACUCCCGGUACCGUGUCCGUGAGAGGGCUGCCGCCAAGCGUCUGGGUCGUCACACUGGUCCCGGAAAGAGGAAGGGUACCGCUGAGGCCCGUAUGCCCACCACCGUCCUCUGGAUGCGCCGCAUGCGUGUCUUGCGUCGUUUACUCCGCAAGUACCGGGAAGCUGGAAAGAUUGACAGGCACUUGUACCACGAGCUCUACAUGAAGUCCAAGGGUAACGUCUUUAAGAACAAGCGUGUGUUGAUGGAGUACAUUCACAAGGCCAAGGCCGAGAAGACCCGUGUGAAGCUUCUCGAGGACCAGGCACAAGCUCACCGUGUCAAGGCGAAGGAGGCCCGUCUCCGUCGUCAAACCCGCUUGGACGCCAAGAAGGAAGCCAUCCGCACUGGCGCUACCGCUACCCCCGCUGCCAAGUAAUCUUUCUGAUCAAUUUGUCACAUAUCUCAAUACACCUGAUUUUGUCUGUACUUCCUUUUUCCCCCAAACCUGCCCAUGUUCCUCCACUGUGUUGUGCAAUUCGACGCGCUAAAGUGCUAGAAGACCUCGGCGUUUGGCUACCGAUGGAUAUCGAUACAUGUAGUGUCACACCAUGGCGAUAGGAAUCAAAGGAGAGAGCGAAGACGAUCUUACACUUGCCUUAGUGUAACCGAAAUACCAGUUCUGUUUCUCUGAUUUCCCUAUUCAGGUUUCGAGCAUCUAUACAUGCUUUCUUCGAUUGCUCAAGAAGACGAUGGGGACCACCUCCUCUGAAGGAGUCCACAUCCCUGCGGUUUCCUCUCUCUCUCUUUGGCUCUGUCGUGGGCAGUCUUGG